AUGGUUGGGAAUGUCCUCAUCAUUGUGCUGGUGGUCAUAGACCCGCAUGUCCAUACAGCCAUGUACUUCUUCCUGGUGAAUCUAUCCAGCCUAGAGACCUGCUACAGCUCCACCAUCCUGCCCAGGCUGCUAGCCAGCUUCCUGACUGGAGACAGGACCAUCUCUGGGCAGGGAUGUAUGGCACAGUUUUUCUUCUUCGGCACUUUUGCAACUUCUGAGAGUUACCUGCUGGCUACCAUGUCCUAUGAUCGGUAUCCGGCCACGUGUCAACCUCUGCUUUAUGCAAGCCUCAUGAACUGGAAAGUAUGUCUCCAACUGGUGGCUGGAUCAUGGGUUGUGGAACUGCUAAUUUCUACAGGUAUCAUAUCUUUCAUAUGUCGCCAAACGUUCUGUGGCCCCAGUGCAAUUGACCAUUUCUUCUGUGAAGAAGCUCCAUUGCUAGAACUCUCCUGCACUGACAUUACGAUGAUCAGAAUUCUUAUUAUUAUAUUAUCUUUCCUGGACGUAGUUUUCCCAUUUCUGUUCACUUUGGCAUCUUAUGUCUGCAUGAUAGCUGCCAUCCUGAGGAUCCCAUCCAGCAUGGGGAGGCACAAGGCCUUUUCCACCUGCUUCUCUCACCUCCCUAUGGUCAUUGUUUUCUGUGAGACCCUCAUCAUUCUCUACAUGCUGCCCAGAACAGCACCACUGAGACAGCUCAACAAAAUGUUCUCCUUUUCUUACUCAGUCCUCAGACCUCUCACCAGUCCACUCAUCUACAGUCUGAGGAACAGAGGCAUCAAGGGGGCACUGGGGAGGGUGCUCAGGAGGGUGCUGCCUGCACUGGCAGCUCCAACCAGGUGUGGAUUUCAGAGCACAAAUCUGGUUCUCCUGCAAAGUGACGAAAGGAACAUAGGAAGGAAUGUGCUCCAUCUCAAGAGUACCUCUGCAAAUGUCUGGCUUUCACCUAGGAUGUGCAAUGGCAAGAGGCAGAGGGAGAAGAGGGCCUUAGGGAAACACAUGCCCAGCUGA